AUGCUAAAGGAGGUGUUUACGCUGAUUGAUAAAGACGGUGAUAAACAGCUCAGCGGCGAUGAAUUGAAAGCCUGGCUGGAGAAGGUUCAUCUCAGCUUGAUUGAGGAAAAUGUCAAUCAGCAGUGGAACUUCUAUCAGCCGGAAGUGCAAGAGGUGCACAGUUGGGAAAGUUACGAUCCAGAGAAGAGGGAGACCAUCUCCUGGGAGCACUACGUCAAGAGCACCUAUCCGGAUGAUGUGCUCCAAGCAGUGAACAGCACUGAAGAGGUCAAGUCAGAGGAUCCCAACUUUAAGAGUUAUUUGCAGAUGUACAAGCGAGCUGUGAAGCGAUGGAAGGCAGCUGAUAAGAACGGCGACAACUUUCUGGUGAAGGAGGAGUUCACCAACUUUAUUCACCCGGAGGAGUCGGAUGAGACGAAGCACAUUCUCGUGGAGGAGGCCAUGGAGGACAUGGACUCUGACGGAAAUAAGGAAGUGAGUCUUUCCGAGUACGUCAAGCACAUGUCAGACGUCAGUCAGGAGGAGGAGAAGGAAGACGCCAACUUUUGGCAGAACCAACAGUCUCAGUUUGCUACCUACUUGGACAAAGACAAGGACGGUGUGCUGAACUUGGAGGAGCUGAACGAGUGGCUGGUGCCCAACUACGACCGACACGAGGCAGAGGCGGUGCGAAUGAUCCACGACACUGACACCAACGGUGAUCAGGCGUUGAACCACGAUGAGGUGUUCACCAACGACGAGUACUUUCUCAAUUUGAUUCCCGCCGAGUUCUGGCGACGAUACUCCGAUGCUGGCGACACGACCACUGUGCCAACCAACCACCAAGAACUCUAG